AUGAUUUAUUUACUACAAAAAUUUUUUCGAUAUUCAACAAAAUUUUAUGAAGUAUGGAAAAAAUAUAAUAAAAAGCAAAAAGAACAACACUUUGCUAAUAUUAUUGUUCUCACACAAAAAGAUUUUCAGUUACUUCCAAUUUCUGAAUCUUCGACAAAUCUCAAAGCACGAAGUCGAUCUUCAAUAUCUACGGCAACUAGUUCAUCAUCGACGUCUUCGUAUUCUCCUCCUUCAUCAACAUCUGCUGCUCCACUUUCACCUUUGGCAAAACGACAACGGGAUUUCAGUGAAAGCUCAUCCCGUCAAAAACGACGACGUUUAUGCGAUUUAAAUUCUGAAUUAGAUGAAUUUGCGUUAGCAAAUAAUUUAACAAUUAAUCAAGUUAUAGGAUAUCUUCUAUACCAACGAAAUUACAACAGUAACAAAUUUUUAGCUAGUUUAGGACAUCAACUCUAUGAAGGUGAAUGUAUUCAAAAUCCAAGUUUACCAAAUCUUGAUUUAGAUGAAGCAUUAGCAUUGAAAUGCCAUUUAAAUUUAACUCGUGCAGACAUGGACUUCGUAAAAUGGUUUUCAAAUGAUUAUAUUAAUGUUCCAAAUCGACAAUAUAUUAAAAAGCAUACUGAUGAUUGA